CUCAAACCGGAAAACAACCUCGCAGUCCUGGCCCGACCAUCAAAAAUAAUGAAAGCUGCUUGGUGAUAGUCAACAUGAAGUGCAUGUGAAGUUUCUUGUUGUUUCUCAAACUCAACGAAGAGAGAAAUUCUUUUCGAGCAGCAAUGGCAUCGGUUAUGGCUGCCAUGCUCGAUGAGCUGAUGGGAAAAGAUCGAGAUCUUCUGCCGGACGAAAAACCCAAAGGUCCACAUUGGGACGAUGAAAGUGUGUGCCGAAGCUAUUUGUGUGGAUUCUGCCCCCAUGAUUUGUUUACAAAUACCAAAUCAGAUUUGGGUCAAUGUCCGAAGAAGCACGAGGACAGACUGCGUGAGAAAUAUGAACAGAGCGCAAGGUUUCAGAAAUGUGGCUACGAGAAUGCCUUCCUUUCCUAUCUGGAACGUAUCGUGGAGGACAUGGAUCGUAAGAUCAAGCGAGGUCGCCAGCGCCUAGCUAACAACACAGCGUACCGUGAGAAAGUGGUGAUCGAUGAGGGCAAUGAUGCUGCUGGUAACCAGGACAUAGCACGGAUUGAGGAUACGAUUGAGAAGCUGCUGUCAGAGGUCGAAUCUCUUGGUCAGCAAGGGGAAGUCGACGAAGCACAAAAUGUCAUGAGGAAGAUCGAUCAACUGAAGCGCGAGAAGGAAAAGAAGCAGUUUAGCAACCACCGCGCUGAUCUCGAUGACUAUGAGAAGCGCAUGGAAGUGUGUGACACAUGCGGAGCUUUUCUCGUUAUCAAUGACACUCAAAUUCGCCUUGAUGCCCAUCUCUCCGGCAAGCAGCACCUUGGAUUCACAAAGGUCCGUGCCAAGAUUGAUGACCUCAAGAAAAUGCUGAAGCCUAGUGGCUCAUCGUCAUCAUCGUCAUCCCGAGGGGGAAGCGAUCGGCGACGUGACAGCUAUAAUGAUCGCGAUUCUCGUCGGGACUACGAUCGCGAUUCUCGCCGGGACUCACGUCGGGACUACGAUCGCGAUUCUCGCCGGGACUACGACCGGGAUUCUCGCCGGGAUAGUGACCGGGAUUCUCGAAGGGACAGUGACCGCUACAGAGGCCGGGACCGCGAUCAUAACAGUGAUCGGGACAGAGGCCGCGACAGCAGUGAUAGAGGCCGCUAUGGCGGCGACUACUCGGAUAGAAGACGAGACAGUGGCAGUAGGUACGAUCGUCGAGAUCGUGACCGCUCUGAUCGGAGAUCCAGGUCUCGGGAAAGACUUGACCGCCAUCAAAGUCACCGCUCGCCCAGCAGAGAACGACAGCGGGACUCUGAAGAGCGGCAGCCCGAACAUUCCGAGAGUCGCCAUCGCGAGUCUGAGAGCAAGCGUUCGCAGGCUAACAGUGACAGGGCAACAGACCAGCAGGACGGAGAGCAGCAAGAAGAAAAGAGUGCUGCAGAGCCUGAAUCUACUGAUAUUGCAAAUGUAGCAGGAACGCCGGACGUUUAGGGUGAAUCCACCACAUGACACACCACCUAACUAGCUGCCAGCAGCAGCUCAAUUGGAUCAAUAUAUCGUGUUGAUUCCAUGCAGUGCACGGAGUGGAGCAUAUCCUUUUCAUUGCUUCCUCUCAGCUGUUGUCUCGGUGUGAUUUUGAAUGCGAGUGUGUGCGUGCGUGCGUGCAGUGGGUUUGUAUGUGUAUGUGUGUGUGUGUGUGUGUGUGUGUGUGUGUGUGUGUGUGUGUGUAUGUAUGUGUGUGUGUGUGUGUGUGUGUGUGUGUGUGUGUGUGUGUGUGUGUGUGUGUGUGUGUGUGUGUGUGUGUGUGUGUGUUGUGCAAAACUGAUUGCUCCGACUGCUUCCCAGUGCUGGUCUCACUGGGUCACUCACAGCAGGAGUCGUACGCCCUGGGCAUUGCUCAUGUGUGUGUGUGUGUGUGUCUGUCUGUCUGUCUGUCUGUCUGUCUGUCUGUUUGUUUGUUUGGAUUGUAAAUAUCAUGUAGUAUGUCAUUUGUUCUGCUCCGUACGUGAGUCUCUAAGACUCCCUAUGCAUGCAUUUGACUUUCCCACUCGACUAACAGUCACCGAUAUACACAGCCAUUGUCAUACUAUUGCUGUACUACGCUGCCAGCACCUACCAGGUCCAUGGGGGCGUGUUGUAAAUCAUUAUUUCUACUGGUUUUUACCCUUGCUUUACUUACUUUUUUCAGUGUCCUUCAACAUGUAGUCAUGUCAGACGGAUUACCGUAUUGGCUAUUGUAAUUGUUCUUGCCCCCCCCC